UUACCCGUUGCACCUUUUCUACUUUGCUUUCUUUUACGCUCCUUUCUUUUCUUUUUCUUUUCCUUUCCCUUCGUAACUCUUCUUGAUACCCAUUUGCCUUGACUAUUCCUUCGGGACUUAUCCCUUGCUUUCAUUUCAUUUUGCAACUGCCCUCUCCGAUUUCCCUGUAACAUCUGGAAUAACGAUUUGCCAAAAGAUGGCGAGAACAAAACAAGCUGAGCCUUUGCGUCGCAAUCCAUCUUCCGAAUACACGAGUAAAGCAGAUGCGACCGGGACGAGAAGCUUAAGUGCUAAGAAAUCGAAUAAGGAACUGAAUGGGAAUGCGCCGACUCAGAAUGGUGCACCUAAAAGUGAUGCGCUAUUGAAAGGGAAGACACAAAAAGAAGCUGGCGCAUUGCAAUUGAUAUUUGCAGUUGCUGGUAUUUACGGCAGUUUUCUUACUUGGGCACUUCUUCAAGAACGACUCACUACAACUGCAUAUGGAUCAGAAAAAGCACCUGAAAAAUUCAAAUUCCCCGUCUUUCUCAAUACGGUACAAUCCCUUUUCGCUGCCACAGUAGGCUACAUUUACCUACGAUUCGAUACUCCCGCCAAUAGCAAAACGCUACCCAUCUUCCCAAGUCAACGGAUUAUCUUUCCCCUUCUCGUUGUGGCCAUUACCUCCUCACUCGCCUCCCCCUUUGGCUAUGCAUCUCUCGAUCACAUCGAUUAUAUCACUUUUAUUCUUGCCAAAUCAUGCAAAUUACUACCAGUCAUGUUUCUUCACAUAACUCUCUUUGGAAAACGCUACCCUAUUUCUAAAUAUGUCGUCGUCUUAGCCGUAACAUGCGGUGUCGGCAUCUUUACUCUCCAUGCAGGUGCUAAAUCUCAUGGAAAACCUAGCAAAGCGGCACUUAAUCCAGAUCGCAAUACUGCGUGGGGACUUUUGCUCCUAGGAGUAAAUCUUCUAUUUGAUGGUCUCACAAACACAACACAAGAUUGGAUCUUCACAAGCUUCCAACCUUAUAAAGGUCCACAAAUGAUGUGUGCAAAUAAUAUUAUAAGCACUUUACUUACAACAUCAUAUUUAUUAUUGUCACCAUAUCUUGUUCAUACGGGAUUGGGAGAGUAUCUUGGUAUGGAUCUUGCAAGUGGAGCAGGAGAAUUGGCUGGAGCAUUGGCUUUUAUGCAGAGACAUCCAAGUGUUUGGAGAGAUGUACUUGGAUUCGCAGCUUGUGGUGCUGUGGGACAAGUUUUCAUCUUUUACACACUCUCAACAUUCUCAUCUCUUCUUCUAGUAACCAUAACUGUUACUCGCAAGAUGCUUACUAUGAUCUUAUCAGUAGUGUGGUUUGGUCAUACACUAGGCAGUAAACAGUGGAUGGGUGUAGGAUUAGUAUUUGGUGGAAUUGGAGCUGAAGGUGUCAUUGCGAGAAGAGAAAAGGCUGCUAAGGAAAAGAAGAAGUUGGCUGAGUCGUCAAAGAAGGAAUUGUAGACACGAAGACGAGUGUAUGAUAUUGGAGUAGUCAGAUGAUUUUAGAAUAUAAAAUCAACUAUCAAAGAUUGAUGGGAGGCGUUUGGGUUAUACAGUACCAUUAUUAUUGGUAUUGGUAAGGAAGGGUUAGAAUUUUGUGGGGGAUUCAGAAAUAGAUAACUAAAGAAGGUUUUCUCAUUGCCAACAUUUGGCUUACUAUGGAUACCAACAUAUAACAAACAGCGAACAACCAAAAUC